ACUAUCCAGAUGACCACACAGAUGAAAUCAGAGGUUCCAUUCCGAUGAGAGUUUUAUUGCAGUCGGUCACUGGAAUUUUACCCAGUAAUCUGCUGUGGAAGAAAUUAUUUCAAAACAAACCCCAGGAGGUUUGGCCACCGUUCAGAAGUCCUCUUCCUCAUUUGUACUUCAGCAUGUCACAUGCUCAGACAGGCCGUUACCGGGAAUCUCCUAUAUGGCAGAAUACUGCAAGCCCAUCCUUGGAUCCCCGGCUUCUUAUGUUUUUGCCAGGUUGGACCAGGAAUCACGAUGGGCAUCUGAAGCAGCAGGUGUGGAAAGCGGCACCUAGGCUUCUCUGAUUGGCUUUCUUGCCUGUGACGCAAGCUACUCUGCGACCUAUCAUGUUUCCAAGCAGCAAGGGUCACCAGAGCCCACCUGGCAUAGAUCCAAGAAACGAGCGCAUGCCCACACUGCACUGCCGCUCCAAACUCCAUUCGCCCCUUCCCUGCUGGGUCCCCUUCAGGUCACAGUAGCUCAGAUCAGGGAUAGUCAGCUGUCGCUCACACAGGUUCCAUCCUGGAAGCGGGGUGUGAAUUCAGGAUUCGGAAGCCCGUACUUCUGCCGUACAUUGUAAAUCUUGAGCAUGGUAGAGAAAGAUGGAUGCGGCACUGAUCGUGGAAGUGACCAAGUUCACUCUUGGAUACUAGUUCCAAGCCAAGUCCUUCAUGCUGCCUGGAGAAUAGCAAGGGCCUCUGUGAUGACGGCGCUCUCUCUUCUGUCAGCUACCCUCAGCUACUUCAGAAGCCUGUAUUUGUAUUUAGGGCAUCAGCUGAAAUGGUGGAUUGGCUAUCUACAGAGAAAGUUCAAAAGAAACCUCAGUGUGGAGGCAGAAGUAGAUCUACUCAGCUAUUGUGCAAGAGAGUGGAAGGGAGAAACCCCGCGUGCCAGGCUGAUGAGGAAGGCUUAUGAGGAACUCUUCUGGAGGUACCAUGUUAAAUGUGUUCGACCAGUGAAGAGAGAUAACUAUGACGCUCUCAGGUCUGUGUUGUUCCAGAUCUUCAGCCAAGGCCUCUCCUUCCCAUCAUGGAUGAAGGAAAAAGACAUCGUUAAGCUUCCUGAAAAGCUACUCUUUUCUCAAGGCUGCAACUGGAUCCAGCAGUACAGUUUCGGGCCUGAGAAGUACACAGGUUCCAAUGUGUUUGGAAAGUUACGGAAAUGUGUGGAGUUACUAAAACUGCAGUGGACUGAGUUUAGUGGGAUUCGAGAUUACCACAAGAGAGGGAGCAUGUGUAACAGCCUCUUCUCCGACGCCAUCCUGGAGUGUAAACUGUACGAAGCUUUGAAGUUCCUCAUGCUCUACCAGGUCACAGAAGUGUACGAGCAAAUGAAGACCAACAAGAUUGUCCCCAGCCUUUUCAGACUCCUGUUCUCCCGAGAGUCAUCACCGGAUCCCUUGAGCUUCAUGAUGAAUCACCUGAAUUCCAUAGGAGACACGUGUGGUUUGGAUCAGAUCGACAUGUUUAUACUCGGGUAUUCUCUUCAAGUGAAGAUAAAAGUGUUCCGACUGUUCAAGUUUAACUCCAGAGACUUUGCAGUCUACUACCCCGAGGAGCCCCUCAGGGAGUGGCCAGAGAUCUCCCUGCUGACCGAGAAUGACCACCAGUACCACAUUCCCGUCUUCUAAGUCGGCCGUGGACUGAACAUCAGCUCCUCUCAGUGACAGUGGGCAGACUUGCAGAAAAGUGCCUCGGCCAGGGAGAGCUCCGAGACCUCAGAACGCUGGGUGGAGGAGUCACCCACAGGGUGGCUCACCUUCUGUUUCGGUGAUGUUUUUCCCAGCAGCACACAUCUGUGGCUUGGUGGGUUGACUUCGUCCAUGAGGGGUCUGCUGGGUUGGGUCUUUAAAACAUAGGGAAACUUAAUGUGGACAAAAAUCGGAAGGGAAACAGCUAACCUGAGCAGCAGGAGUGUUUUAGUCUCUGAUCUUCAUGUUCUUCCAAAAGACUCUGUGGAUUUGGAACCGUCAUAAAUAAACAGGGCCGAGUUUUACAAGCGUUACCCUCCUGGGAGUCUUUGUUUACUGAUUUUCCAGGACAACCCAAUUAAUGUUAAAAUAUUGUGUGUGUUUCUGUACAUGUGUUUAUAUAUAUACACGUAUAUAUUCAGAGACGCACGUAUACCACCAAUAUCCACCACCAACAUGGUUUGUAAUAUUGUACAGUUUCUUUAUAUCUCUACCCUUUUUUUUGGUAUUCUUGAAUCUGGCCAGCUUAAAUCAAUUUAUUUAAAUAAAAGAAGAUAAAUUGUAUGGAUUUGGGCAACUGUAUAAUUUUCGAGCUGUCAUAAAAAUACUAAGCUAUGGUUUAUGUAAUCUAUAUUUACACAUCCAUUUAAUGAAUGGAACCUUGUGAUUGGCUGAGUAAAAUUCCAGAUACA